AUGAACGCCGUAGACGCCACCAACCGGCCGGAACAGCCCGACGAGGCCGAGCCAGCUUCCCUUCUCACCAUCAUCCUCGACACCAAUCCACGCGCCUGGGCCAUGAUCGCAGACUCACUCCCUCUUUCCAAGACCAUCGCCAAUCUUCUAGUCUUCAUCAACGCGCACCUCGCCAUCAAUCACGCCAACAAAGUCGCCGUGCUCGCCAGCCACUCCGAGCGAGCAGAAUGGCUUUAUCCCACCGCCACAACCACUCCAGAUCGAGAGGCCGAUGAUAACCCGAAUGGCGCCCAAAAUGGAGACCUCCAAAUGCAAGAUCGAGACUCCGCCGGCUCAGGCGGGCCCGUACUCCUACCAAUCGACGACGCAAACAAAUACCGACCCUUUGCGCACGUCGAACACACCCUCCUGCGCAACCUCACCAAUCUCCUCUCCACCACCACUCCCAACGCCAUCUCCUCCAGCCCAGCAACCAUGAUCGCCAGCGCUCUAACCAAAGCCCUCUCCUACAUCUCCAAGCAAUCCGCCGCCCUUCCAGCCGCCACUCAAAGCACCCAAUUCAACUACUCCGACCCCACCUCCGUAGCAGGCGGCAACGACCUCUCCAACCCCUCCGCAAACAAGUCCUCCUCCACCUCGCAACCCCUGACCUCGCGCAUCCUCAUCCUCUCCGUCUCAGGCGACCUCGCAACGCAAUACAUCCCGAUAAUGAACACCAUCUUUGCAAGCCAACGCCUCAGCAUCCCCAUCGACAUCCUCAAACUCGCCGGCGACACCGUCUUCCUGCAGCAAGCCGCCGAUGCCACAAACGGGAUUUACAUGGCCCUCGACACACCUACUGCUCAUGCGGGAUUCUUGCAAUACCUCAUGUUCGCUUACCUGCCUGAUGCCUCGGCGCGCGCACACCUAAUCACACCCGGCGAAGGGGCAGGGGUGGAUUUCCGCGCUGCGUGCUUCUGCCAUCGCCGGAUUGUGGACGUUGGGUAUGUGUGUAGUGUCUGCUUGAGUAUCUUCUGCGAGCCUCUGCCGGACGGCACAUGUCUGACUUGCGGGAGUCAUUUGAGUGUGGGCAACUAUGGGCUGCGGCCGGUGGUUGUGGCGCGGAAGAAGAAGAAAAAGAGGAAAGAGGGGAGGGUAGGGGAGGAGAGCAGAGGGAGUACGCCUGCUGUUGGGUAG